UUUGGUUGGCGAAAGACUCAAUGUAAUAAUCUGCAUCUAUUUUGCAGGCAAAAAGAGGGCAUGUGGGUAGUAUCAUUUUGUGUGCUCUCCUAAAAAGUGUUCUUAGGUCUCUCGUCCUAAAAAAUGCUUCAGUUCUGAAAAUGAUAGGACUACUUAUCCAUGUUAGAAGACUCCAUAGAGCACAUACCUCACUCUUCUUGGCUCAACUCCUGAACCCACUAGCUCAUCAAAAACUUUCAUCUUGCUAUACAGGUGCUUCUCCGUCGCAUCAUUCCAUUGGGGCAUUUCAGCAAACGCUUAUCAACCCUUGUCACUCCAGUCUACAGAGCCUCCAUUUCUCCGCAUCCCAUAGUUCUGACCAACGACACGUCUAUGAUGUCAUCAACUUCCGUGAGUGUGUAAAAGAAACCCGUGAAAAUGCUCAAGUGAGUCUCAGUGAAUUGACUGAGUUAAUCCAAAAAGCUAAGAACUUUGAUUCCGGAGAUGAAGCAUUGGAUUUUCUUGAUAAGGGAGGCGUUAAACCCAAUAAAGAUUUGAUUUUUUCCUCUAUCUUUGCUUUGAGGAAAGAAUGGAAGCUGGCAUUCUUGUUAUAUAAAUGGGGUGAAAGAUGGGAUUGUGUGGAUGAAAUGGUUCGGUGUUUGAUGAUAUGGGUUCUGGGGAACCAUACAAAGUUUGGUACUGCUUGGUCCUUGAUUCAUGACCUUUAUAAAAAUUCAGUGGAUACCAAAGAAGCAUUGCUCAUCAUGAUUGAUAGGUAUGUAGCAACAAAUCAAUUUGACAAGGCUGUGAAAACAUUUGAAACUAUGGAGAAGUUCUGCUUGUUGCCUGAUCAGGAUGCAUUCUUCACAUUUCUUAACAUUCUCUGCAAGCAUGGAAACAUCGAGGAGGCUGAAGAAUUUAUGUUUCUCAACAAAAAGUUCUUUCCUCUGGUGACUGAGGGCUUUAACAUAAUUCUCAAUGGAUGGUGCAAUAUAGCAGUUGAUAUAGUCGAAGCCAAGAGAGUGUGGAGAGAAAUGUCAAAAUGCUGUAUUUUGCCCAAUGGGAUGUCCUAUGCGCACUUGAUUUCCUGUUUUGCGAAAGUUAGAAAUCUAUUUGACUCACUCAGACUGUGUGACGAGAUGAAGAAAAGGGGUUUUCAACCUGGCAUUGAGGUGUAUAAUUCUUUAGCAUAUGUUCUGGCUUCUGAGAACUGCUUGAAGGAAUCUCUCACCAUUCUCAAUAAAAUGAAAGAAGCAGGUCUAUGUCCUGAUUCUACCACAUACAACAACAUCAUAAGCCCUCUUUGUGGAGAUAUGAAACUCGAGGAGGCAAGAAUGGUACUGGCUAUGAUGAUAGAGGACAAUGUCAGUCCAACUAUUGAUACAUGCCAUGCAUUUCUUACUGGUGCAAGUUUAGAAAGAGCUUUUGAAGUUCUUAAUCAUAUGAGUAAAGCCGGUCUUGGUCCAAACGGGAAUACCUUUCUCCAAAUUCUGGGAAAAUUCUUUGAAUUGAAGCAACCUGAAAGUGCCCUGAAGGUAUGGCUGGAAAUGAGGCACUAUGAGAUAUUGCCUGAUUUAGCACAUUACAGAGUUCUGGUUGAAGGGUUAGCUAAAUGCGGAUUAUUGGUCAAGGCUAGAGAAUUUUACAAUGAGAUGAGAUCUAAAGGAUUUGCUAGGGAUCCUAAGCUUGAGAAACUUUUCAAAGAACCAAGGAAGGAUAGGCAUCUUGAAGGAGACCGAAAGAGAACCAUAAAACACAAUGAGGAAGGCAAAUCCUCAUUUCAUGGGAGAAAUAUUGCUAUGCAAAAUAGAAGAGGUACUAAAACUUCAAGCAAGAAUAAAAUAACUCGAAGUUGAGAUUCUUCUGCUCUUUCUUGUGGCUUGGUAAAUGCAUAUUUUUUGGCGAUCAAUGACUCAUUGGGUCAGCCCGUGGAUUUUAGCGUGGAAAAUUUAUAUUUGAUGUCUGCAUUUGGGUGGUCUGCUGAAAGCAUAUUAUUGAUUUUGGAGAUUGGCUAAACUAGGAAGAUUGUUAUAUUUUUUCUCCUCUUCCUAUAUUUAUGGAGGAGCUGUGCUUGGGCUGGUUCCAUGGGCAGCAUUGCAAGUCAAUCUGUGCCUAGGUGAGCUGUUGCAUUUUGCAUUCUUUGGAGUCUCUGGUGUGCUUUGUGCUAUUCAGUAUCAUGGAGUCAUGGACUAUGAAUGAAAUUCAGGAAAGAGCGGAGCUUCAACUUGAAGCUCAGUUAUAACUUGUAAGCCUCUGAGGUCUAGUCCCCUGAUGACUGGUAUACUCAAAAAAGAAGAAGUGUAAGAUGGUAAGGAUAUACUCAUAAAAGUCAGUUUGAGAACAUUGGCAUCUUGAAUGCAAAAGACUUCGCUCA